GCAUAUACUCUGCAGACAGGAGUCGUCUGCGGCACAGGAACAGGGACAGUCUGCAAAAGCAGGAUCCCUAGACAGGAGCCAUGAUUCUCGGUCUACUGCGAUGUCCAGUCGCGUCUCGCAGUGCAGCGCUGAGGAGCAGCAUCAGAGCAGCAGGUGCAGCAGAAAUAGCCAGGGUACCAGGAGCAGGAAACAGCAGACGUAGAGCCACAGUGGCAGCAGAAGCGCUUCCUGCUGAGCCGCUCCCAGUCAGUGAAAUUCCCGGUCCGAGACGAUGGCCUGUGGUGGCGUCCAUGCCGUACAUCCUCACGCACAAAGAGUAUGAGAAAUCCCGCAUAUACAAGCUGUGGGAUGCUUGCGAGAGGGAGUUCGGGCCCAUAUUCAGGCUGGAUAUGCCGGGACAAGCACCAUCCGUGUUCAUCUCAGAGCCUGGUGACAUCGAGCACGUGUUAAAGAGCACAGCCAAGAACCAACAGAGGGACCUGUUCAGUUCUUUGAAAUACGUUAGAGACACACAUGAUUUCUUCAAGAAGGACAAAUCUGGCAUUAUGUCUGAGCAGGGGGACGAAUGGUGGCGUGUGCGCAGGCGCGUCCAGCCAUACACAGCCAAACCGAAGCACGUGGAGCUGUACCUUCCUGUAUGCCAAGAUUUCGCUUUCGGCCCUCCUGACGUCCCGAUCCGUUUCCACAGCUUCGUGCAGUCGUCCGUGGCCGAGUCGGAGGCGGCCCUCGAGACCCGCAGUCCCGACGCCGAGGGAGACGGGCUCACCCUCGUGGAAAUGCUGCUCCUCGACCCUGAGCUGUCCCGCGAGGAUGCCCAUGCCUACCUCAUGGACCUGCUCACGGCUGGGAUAGACGCGGUGGCCAUAAAAGCGGCUUUUGUGCUGACGUUGCUAGCUCAGCAUCCAGAGGAGCAGCAGAAAGUCCAUGAGGAACUGGACGCGGUGCUCGGGGACGGGACGCAGCCUCUGACUCCUCAGCACCUCGCCAAACUCAGGUACACAAAAGCCUGCGUGAAAGAAGUGCUCAGGAUUUCUUCCCCAUCAACACUAACUUCCAGACAACUUGUGGAAGAUACAGUUAUAUGUGGUUACCUCGUGCCAAAGGGGUUCAACGUGAAUCUGCUGCUGCGUCCGGCCGGCAAGAAAGAGGAGUACUUCGCUCGACCAGCAGAGUUCUUACCCGAGCGGUGGCUGCGCGGCCAGGCUCUGAGGUCCAUCAAUCCCUAUGCCUCAAUGCCCUUCGGCCUGGGCACUCGGAGCUGCGUCGGUCGGAGGCUCUCUGAGCAACAGACCUACACGCUUCUUGCCAGGUUGCUGCACAAGUACCGACUGGAGUGGCAUUACGGUCCCCUGAACCCCAUUAUGCUCUUCACUCUCUUCCCAGACAAACCUCUGCGACUUAAGAUGAUCGACCGUAAAGUCUAAAUAAUCUUUUUAAAAAAUAAUAGGCCUACAUAGCACCACAGAAGAAUGGCGGACACCAGUAAGAACAGAUGAUGCAAAGG